GCUUGUGGUACCAUUAUCCAAUAAAAUAGAACAAUACCGCUUUAGUAGGCAAAUGUCACGGUUGGGAAUUAAACAAAUAUUUUUCGAAUCGCGAUUCGGACGAUUCGUUUAAAUAUUCUAAAAAGGAAAAAAAAUUUCAGUACGGCAAACACCAAUUUUGUUAACAAUGAAAAUCAGGCAUUUGACAGUACCGGUAAUCCACUUUCCAAACAUGGACCAUAAUGUUCCAGAAUCAAGAAUCCAUCAUGCCCAUGAUAAUCCGGUUUUCGAAUCUCCCAGUAGAAAAAUUUCUACAUCGUCAGAACAUGCUGAAAUUGGACCUGUCAGAAAAAAAAGUAUAUUACACAAGCAUAGCGAUCUAGACAUGACUAGUAAUUCGGGAAAAAGCGAUACAGGAAAACAAAUCAACGGAGAUCUAAAAUAUAAAAAACAUUCAGUAACGGAUUCUGUUUACUCAAGGACCAGAUUUGCAGACAGCUGUAACGAUGAUCGAUCAUGGUGGUACCUGUUCUGUCUAAAGUGCCGCUCAGAUGACGGACUACAAUCAUGGAAACCUGGUUUUUGGCCAAAAUUAUGUCCAUAUCCAUUCUGCCCGACAUACAGACAAUUCACAAGGAUAAUUACGCUUACGCUUAUAGGCGUAUUUACGUGGUGCGUGUUUUAUUCGAUAGUCGGGGAGACGGCCGCGCCACCAAACGGAAAACUAUUCCAGUUAAUAUUUCUAACAAUUUGCGCCCAUAUUGGGGGAUGGUUGAUGAGUUUAACGACGAUGCCGGCAUUGAUUGGGAUGUUGUUUACUGGACUUCUUUUGCAGAACGUGAAUAUUGUGAAUAUCGAUGAGUCCUUUAGCGGUAUUUGUAAGGAAUUAAGGAAUGUAGCUUUAGUAAUAAUUUUAAUACGUGCUGGUUUGGAUCUAGAUCCAAAUGCGUUAAGGAGACUAAAGUUUACAGUGAUCAAAUUAGGUUUAGGCCCAUGGGCAAUGGAAGCUGUUAUGGCUGCAGUUUUAUCGGUAUUCAUUUUGGAUAUACCGUGGAGUUAUGGUCUUCUAUUGGGUUCAGUUGUAGCUGCAGUAUCUCCAGCUGUCGUAGUCUCAUGCCUGUUCAGGCUGAGAAUAAAGGGAUAUGGGGUAGCUAAAGGCAUCCCCACGCUCAUUAUAGCUGUUUCGGGAAUAGAUGAUGCAGUAUCCGUUGCUGCAUUUGGAAUUAUCAAAAGCCUAAUGUUCUCUGACAGCUCCUUGACAAAUUUGAUAAUCGAAGGACCUGUAUCUGUGAUAGGAGGCAUUGGUUUUGGAAUAAUAUGGGGUAUCCUCUCGAACUUCAUCCCAGAACGUCACGAUCCAUUCGUAGUACCACUAAGAAUCCUUUUAUUAUUAGUUGGAGGAAUGAUCUCUGUAUUCGGCAGCGAUAUGAUUGGAUUCGGAGGAGCGGGACCACUUGCUUGCGUGGCAGCAGCCUUCGUAUCUCUAGUAUGUUGGUCGAGACAAGGAUGGGACAUAGAAGAGAAUCCGGCCAAUACGGCCUUCGAAAUAUUCUGGAUGAUUUUCGAACCUAUCCUAUUCGGAAUCACAGGAGCUUCCAUAAAACUAAAUAAAUUGGAUGCCAGUCUCGUUUGUUACUGCUUGGGUAUUUUAAUAACCGUCAUUAUAAUUAGGAUAUUGACUACUGUCGUGUUGGGUAUUGGAUGUAAUCUGAAUCUCAAGGAAAAGGUCUUCGUGGCUAUAUCUUGGAUGUCUAAAGCAACAGUACAGGCUGCUCUUGGACCCGUUUUACUAGGAAUGGUAGCGGCUGGUUCCAAGGAACACGAAUACGCACAGAAAAUCCUAACAAUUUGCGUCCUUUCCAUAAUGUUAACAGCGCCCUUGGGUGGUAUUCUGAUCACCGUUUUAGGACCAAUACUGUUGACGAAGACCAAAUUUACUCCGGACCCUGAAGCCUGGAGAAGAAGCCACAGACCUUCUAUACGGGAUAUCAGCAUCAUUGAUGAGGAAGAGGAACGAGAGGGUAACAACGAAAGCGUGGCUGAACAGGGAGAGGUUAAAAUCCUGCCGGAUAUCAAAGAAGAUGCCAAGGUGUAAAUAAUUGCGAACAACUAGAGAUUUACCUCAUUUAGAUAUUAGCAAAUAGGAAGACAAAAUGUAUCGUUAUGACAUAUUUUGUGACAUUUAUUUGUACAUAUUACAAACGUAUAUGUUUUCUUAUAUACUUAUUGUUAUACUCAUUUAUUU